GUCUACUGCUUCUAUGGGUUCACUUACACAGGAUCUUGGAGGUGGGCGACAAAAUGGGCCGGUGUUGCGUCGCCUAUGGCGUCAUAACCGUAGCAAGCUCAGUGGUUUUGACAGCCAAUAAAUCGAGCUGAAAGCACUCUAUUCCCCGACAAUCAAACUCGUACAUAACCAAGUAAUGGUCAAGUUCAAGACUGGACAAAGUACAGCAUGUCGGUGACCAAUUCAAGAACCUAGGCGACUUUAGAGAUACCGCGAGGGACAAGAGUGCCGUAGGGUAUACUGUUUGUGGACAUACAUUCUUACUGGCGUUUCCUGUACCUGAAUUAUCCUCCUCACUUUACAGAUCCAAUGCAUUGGUUGAUAGUGUUCUGGGAACCAUCUGUUGACAGCACGGAACAUUGAAGAACCCCCACUCUGUGUGUUUUCCAACCUGCCUCGUCGUGACCGAAAGGGGCAAAAGAGAGGGAUUUUGCUGCCACUCAUCUCAGUAAGAGGUUGUGUCAAAGCCAAUCAUGAACUGCUUUGGAUCUCCCCCAGGCGAGGACGUUCCCCCCCCACGUUCCAGACGCUCCGCAAAUAACAUGGCCGCCAACUCAGCAACACCCCCCUCUGACAGGCGCUUCCUCAUCUUCUUCGACUUUGACGAGACCAUUGUAAAUGAGAGCAGUGACGAUGUGGUGGUGCAGGCGGCCCCAGGGCAGAACCUCCCCGCCUGGCUGAAGGACACCUACCGACCGGGCCACUACAACGAGUACAUGCAGCGCGUGCUGGCCUACAUGGCAGAGAAGGGCGUGACCGAGAGUGCCAUCCGCUCCGUCAUCGAGAAGAUCCCCGCCUCUCCCGGCAUGCUGGCCUUGUUCCAGUUCCUCCGCCACCGCCCCCCGCAGGACUUUGAAGUGGUUCUGGUGUCUGAUGCCAACACCUUCUUCAUCGAGUCCUGGCUCCGCCGCGUUGGGGCCCGCCAGCUCUUCGUCAAGAUCUUCACCAACCCUGCCACCUUCGACAAGGAUGGCCGGCUGGUGCUGCGCCCAUUCCACUCCCACAGCUGCCUGCGCUGCCCGGAGAACAUGUGCAAGCAGGUGAUCUUGAGGGACUAUGUGAUGCGGCGGACACAGGAGCGUGGGCGGCCGUUCCAGAGGGUAUUCUAUGUGGGCGAUGGGGCCAACGACUUCUGCCCGUCUCUGAUCCUGGGGCCCCGGGACACGGCGUUUGCCCGGCGGGACUACCCCAUGCACCGGCUGAUCACCGAGAUCCACGAGGCCAGGCCAGGGGAGUUCAAGGCUGUUACUGUGCCCUGGGCCAGUGGGGAUGAUGUGGUGGAGCGACUCAGGAGGCACGCAGAGGAGAAAUGAUGAAGCUAGGGGAGGGGGGGGGGGCUGCUCACACACAUACACAAAUACUCAGACACUCACACACCCAGCAAAUCACAUUCCCAGAUCAAAUACCCACAAUACCACAUACUGACACAUAAUGAAAAUCAACUCUACGCUCAAGAAUAGAGCAUGCCAAUUGAACAGGCGUUUUGAUAUAUUGCCUGCGACAGUGUCACACUUCCGCUCAGUCCAUCUGUCUUACUCGGACUCAGCCACAGAGCUAGAGAUACUGUAGUCUUUCAGUCCACCUCUUCUCACUCUAGGCUUGAAGUCAAUCAGAAACACCAACACAGGAAAGGCAUCAACUCUGUUUGUUAUUACAGGGACCUAUGCCUUAGUUGUCAGUCAAUCUUUUAGAGGGAUUGAUCCUCUUAUUCUGGAUUGAGAGGGAAGAGGAACAAACAUCAUUGACUGAAUAGGGGGGUCUGCAGUGAUACAUUUAGGACUGGUGUAUUACCUAUAUUCCUUUGUUGACUCUGAGCUCUAUUGGUUUUUUACAGUUUUCCUCAAUUGCUAACAAGCGUCGGUCAAUACCGAAGCCACUUUUUCAAAACUCUUCACACAGUCUGCAUUACCAACAUGCAUCUUGGCCAAACAGUUCAUACACGUCUCAAAAUAAGCUCGUUCGACCAUAACUCUGGCAGCAGUUCUCACUCAAAACACACUGACCUAAAAAACACUAACAGGGAAGCAUUACAUAAAUGUACUUCUCUUUGAAUGAUUUUCCACAUAAAUCAGUAUUUCAUUAUAGAAUAACACCGUGACUUUAUUGACGGUACUAAAGUAUAUGUAACAAGAAUUAAUAAGAAAUGCAGCAAUUUGCGUCAAUAGUCUUUGCAUAUAGUCAUUUACUUGUGAAGAAUAAAGUUGAAACAAAAAAACAAGUUCCUGAAAUUCCAGGGCUGCAAUAAUUUCAAAAACAUGUAUAGUAUAAUCACUAACUGUACAGUACUGUGACGGUUCUAGGUUCUCCCUCUCUCCUGCAUUUGGCCACAAGUUCUCAACAUCACAUCUUAUGUCUUCUCUGGCAAAGCAUCUUGGGAAGUAUCUUCUGGAAUGUCUAAUCCAACCCUGCCAGUCUUCAGGAGAAGUGUCUCCACACCCUGCAUUCAUGGUGACCAGCAAGGACAUCUGGUCAUGUGGACGGUGGUCAUAAACCUUCCACCUCCACGCAGAGGAAAACUCCUCUAUGGGGUUUAGGAAGGGGGAGUGUGGAGGCAGGAAUAGUACUGGCAUCCUGGGAUGUGCAGCAAACCAGUCUGUGACUGCAGCAGAGUGUUGGAAUGUCACAUUAACCCACAAAACGACGGUAGGGGAGUUUCUGGCCCCUCCUCCACUGGCACGAGUCGAUUAUGCGGAUUCAUCCAGAAAAUAAAUGAGCCUCUCUGUAUUGUAGGGGCCAAUGGGUGGUUUAUGUAACAGCAAACCAUCAUUGGACAGUGCUGCACACAUUGAUGUUAGCUCCUCUCUGGCCUGGGACUUCCACGGUUUGCGGUCUGUCCAAUCACAUUUCUUCCCCUGCGGUGUGUUUUUGUCAGAUUGAAUCCAGCUUCAUCCACAAAGAUGAAUGUACGUGCAUUUUGCCUGGCUUCCAUCUCCAUUAAUCUCAAACACAGUAAAUCCACAGUUUUACAGUACAUUAUAUUAUAUUAUGCAUAGCUGUGUAUGUACCCUGUUUGGUUAUUGAACAGACAACUUACCUGGAUAUAUUGAUACCAGAGUUCUUUCACCGUUUCUCUCAAAGGGUACAGUGUCCAACUGCUUCCUCCUUGUUUUAUGUUUCUCUAGGACUCUGGCCAUUGUCGUUGUGCUGACCGUAUUCACAUUCCCAAAAGUAAUAUUGUCUGCCAGCACUCUGUCCCGAAUUUCCCACAGUUUUAUUGCAUUGUUGCCAAUCACCAUGUCAACAAUGGCAAUUUCCUGCGUAUCUGAUAAUAUUCUGCCUAUGCUGUGGGAGGCAACCAUUGGAUCCUACUGAAAAACACAAAACAAAUCAAUCCUUUAAAAAAUGUCAGUAUAUGUAAAAAUGUGAACAUGCUGUAUUGUACUAUAAUAUAUGGUUAAAUUAUUAUUGAAGGAUGCACAUCUCACCUGUUGUUUUGCCAGAACAUUUGUACUAUUGAUGCAACUGUUGAAUGCUGCAGAUUUGGUUGCACCCUUAAACCGGCUUCUCUCAAAGAGAGACCAUGGUUUACAACAUGGUCAAUAAUUGUGGCCCUUAUCUCAUCAGAGACCACCGCUCUUGGUCUUCCUCUCCUUUGUCCUCCACGCAAUCUCCCUCUCUCUGUCACUCUUCUUUCCCCACCAACCUGUCUUCCUUGAUCCAUGUUUCCAAACGAAAUCAUUCCGAACCCGUCCUCUUUUGUCUGUUUAGUAACAAGCCUAAAAACAGGACACUUGGGUAGGCAUUCAGCUGAAAUUGCAAUCAGCUGUGUUUGGAAUUAUUAAAUAUUCUGCUGAGAUUUUCUAUGUUUCAAUCUGGUUACUGCAGAAAUGCACGACAUUUGCCAUCCUGUUUUGAAUGUGUUUUUAACAGUUUUGGAAACGGCGUGUUAGCAUUUGAAAACAUGCUGCAAAUAUAUAGUUUUGCAGGUGGUGGAGUACGAAUGGAUGCAUUUUGUGUGAAAGCAAUGAAAAAUGAUUCACAGUUUGGUCCACAUACACUUCCGUUUCACUGACUGUGUGAAGAGUUUUGAUAAUGUGACUUCAGUUUUGACCAAUGCAUGUUAGCAAUUGAAAAAACUAACAGUCAAACUGGGUCAGUAGGGCAGUAGAUCCGGUUAGUUAGUGUCCCGUUCUGACUAUAGCCCUCUCCAGUCCACCCAAUGGCAUUGUCGAUGCUAAAUGAAUGGGUGGCUAUUCUAGUGUAAUUCUUAAAUCUUAUAUUAUCAAUAAUAAAUUGUGUUGUUUACUUGUUAACAGUGCUCUUUGUGAAAUAGGGAAUUGAUGGCUGAUCAGGGAAAAUGUAAUGUGAUAACAUCGCCAUCUACUGGCAGACCUACAGAUUGCAAGUGGAGACCCGUUUUAAAGUUUUGGAAAAUAAGUUGAAAUGGAACAGAAAAUGUACUGUACCAUAUGACAUAGCUAUAUAACUAAAUAUUGUCGUUUUUAAAACAUUUAUGUAUUAUUAUUAUUUGUGCAUGUCUGUUUUUAAUAUGUAACACGUACUUGUACCUACAUGUUCCACCACCAGCAGGAAUAUAAAAGCCAUGAACUAAA